AUGAGUAGUUAUAGUGGAGCCUAUGGGUCCCGCGAUCAGCGAAAAGAGAAGUAUACUCAAGGUAAAGAAUUCGAUGACGGUACUUUAGAGACACUGGAAGGUAUAAUUACUGCCCUUGAGGACGAAACAGUCUCAAAGGAUUUCCAACCUCUCAUAAUGUUCUUUCAAAAAGGGUUUGCUGCUCAAUCGGUACAGGCUUGGUCAUACUAUGCUCAGGUAAAUAACCAUGGGAAGUUUUCGAAAACAACUACACUAUUAACUAGAACUUUACGGGCUUUAUCAUCUGACAGUAGUACACUAGCUACUGGAAGCGGUCUUAUUAAACUAAUACUGACGGGAUAUACCAAAGUUCUUUAUAGAGGGUUAACUAACAUGCGUGCUCAAUUAACCAAUCCUAUUCUUCGUUUGCUCAAACAAAUAGUCAACUUCAACAACGGCCAACAUCUCGAGGAAUUUGUGUCUUAUUUCGAUUUUUCACUACCUGUCUUACCAAGACUGCUAACACCAAGCAAGUCUGAGUUAGCCGAUGGCAAUUCCUCUGCACCCAAGAACGAUUCAAUAAGAUUUACGUUCAUCAAAUUCUGGUUGACAUUGAUUUCAAAGGCUUCCCCCUUCGUAAGAAAAGAACUUUUAACAGAAAACUUUAAGAUUAUGAGCAACUUAUUUAAGUUCAUGAAUAAGGUUGAUUCUGACAAGCUUUCCGAACAUAUACUGUCGGUAUUCAUAAAUGACAUCUUGAAAGAGAAAUCUUUCAAGAGGACUACUAAAACCAAAAUAUUAAACGAGUUAGCAGCCUCCAAAAUCCAUCACUUUUAUUAUUCAUCAAACGGGGACUUGGUCAAGAAAACCAAUGAGUUUUUCUUAACUUUUGGAGCCUCGCAUGAGUUUAGUGUGGCUUUUCCUGAUAAUUGUGUUUGGUUUACGAAUUCAGUUACUGAUGGGGCCUCUCAUGGGGCGCUGAUAACGGUUAACCAAGUAGAAUUUCAAGUGCACAAUAAACUUUUGUUUAACACUUUACGUGUUUUCAAGCCAUGGGAGGAUAUUCAGCAGUUGAAUACUCUGAUUAAAAUAUUGGAGAAUGUUCCAGAACUUGUAGCACCUUACAGCAUCUUUUUGACUACAAAUGGUAACCACGACCCUAAGAUGACUUCCUAUUGGUUUGGUACAACAUUACUACUAAACAAAAUUAUUAACUUAAAGAUACCACAAUUUAUGGAGAGUGUUGAGAGCAAUAUUCCACCCUCCACUUCCUUAGUCAUAGAAAAUAUUUUGCCUUCUUUACUCACUAAAUCUUCGUUAACAAAGUCUUUACAGUCUGAAACGCCAAUCAUAAGACAAUUGGCUUGUCAAUUAAUAGUCUUAGCGUUCAAAAAAUUAGAAAAGGUUUCUAUACUUUAUGAUAAAAAGGGCUGGAAAAAUGAAAAGGCCAUUUUACUAAACAAGUUUCAUACUAGAAUACCUGAGUUGCCAAUAUUUGUAUCCACAUUGAACAACGCUUUGGCCACAAAUAAAGAUAAUAAAAUCUUACCAUUAUCCAUAUCCGUUAUAUUCAAUUACUAUAGCAAAUUAUUCCCAAAUUUAUUCUCAAUAAACUUACCAUCAUCAAACCUUUAUACAGACAUCAUGCAAAAGCCUACAAUUUCUGGAAUGGAAUUUGCUAUUCUGGACAACUACUUGCAAUUUCAAGAAUUUAACUCCACUCAAACCAAAUGGUGGAACUCAAAUUCCAACGGAAAUUCUUUAUUCACUUUAUUAUUAAAAUUAGCCUCUUCCAAAAACGCCUCUAAUAUGGUAGCUACCAGAAUAUCUAACUUGCUAGAUGAGUUAACAAGAGCAAGUGUCAUCUUCAAUCCAACACUAAUUUCACCAUUAAUGGCUUUAGUAAACAGUCUCCAGGGUACUUGUCUCCAGGAUUUCGAAGCUGAAAGCAUGAAGAAGAUUUGGAAAUGGUUUGAUGAGACUAUAUCCCGUGUCAUGAAAACACCAUACAAAUAUGUCGAUUCGGCAAAAGAAUAUAAUUACAUUUCUCCUUUCAUCAUGGGUCUUUCAGAACAAUGGAAAUACGUUGAUAAGAAUAAUAUUUCAGUUCUGGUUAACAAAUGGCUUUUACUAUUCUUAAGAAAUAUGAUUUUCAUUGGAGAAAAUCAUACAGGAAUAAUUAAGCUUGUUAAAGACGCUUUCCCGGAAAUCAAUGAGCAUGAUGCAAAUCUGUAUUUGAAAUUCGAUUCAUUUGAAGAAAAUAUCAAAGAACUGAACAACUCGGAUUCUUUAAUCUCUGCAAUGAAGGACUCGUCAUUCUUUCAAUAUAUUUCUUUGCUUCCAUCUAAAGCUCUGACAAAUAUUUCUAGAUUACCAGUGAACAGAUUGGACGCAGCUGGAAUUCUUUUUAGGGUUCAACUACUGGUAAAAGACGAUUCUAUUUCCUAUGAUAAUCGCUUUGAAACGAUUGCUUGUGAAUUAGUAGGCAAGGUUGCCAGUUAUAUGGUGACUGAUACAGAAUUUCCAAUCAUCAAAGUUUUGGAAAGGUAUUUGAAAUUUGCUUUACCCAAGCUAAUCACAGAAAAAGAAAACAGUUUACUGAUGGAAAAGUCACGGUUGAUCUGCAACUUAAUUGGGGCGAUAUGCUUUGAAACAGGGCAACAAUUAGCAACAUUCCAAGAGACAAUACAAAAGACCGUUUUUGAUAGUGAAAAUAUUGAAGAACGUGUCAGCUAUGAUGGAUCUUAUAGUGAAAAAUAUAUUAAUGCUUUACUGAAAAGUGUCAGUGAGUAUUUGGGUACACCAGUAUUAACUUCCUUGCUCAUGUACGGCAUUACACUUGAGUUUUCAAGAAAUAUUCUGAAAAAGGUACACAACGAAGGAAGAAGUAUAGGUAUGUCCCUUGUGAGAAAUGUAUUGAACAAAACUAAGAACGAGGACUCCACUUUAGUCAAAGAAAUUAAUUUCUUUCUAACCAAACUCUUCGAGACAAACAAAGUUGACGUUGAUGCUAUAUCUGCACCCGAAGGUGUACUAUCACCUUCAGAAACUGCUUCCUUCAUUGACAGUGUUGUUUCGAAUGAUUUGAAUUAUCCGGUGUUAGAAGCUUUUUACAAAUGUGAAUUCUUCUCUUUCUCAUCAUUCAUACCAAAUAUUGAGAAAAUUAAAAACUUGCCUUUACUAAGCAUUGUAACGGCAACAGCACUGUCCGAGCAUAUGGAGGAUAACGAUUUCAGCGUCUUUGCUCAUGAAGUACUUAAAAAAUAUGAUAACGAUAUUGGGAAAUAUACGUCUAGUGCCACUUUUAAGAGGGACAUUUUUGAUGAGGUAGUAGACAUGAUCACUACUUAUAUUAGAAUUUAUGACGAUUCAAAAAAACUGAACAUUUUAGAAUGCGUUUUGGCGCAGAAUGAUCACAGAUACCAUGCGGCCACGGUAAAUUAUAUUACUGCAAAUAACGACUUUGCUUAUCCAGGAGUGACCACAUGGUUAAAUAAAACACUUCUUUAUGUCACAAAAUAUCUUUCAGAAAGAGAAAUUUUAUCCGAUUCGUUCUUCAAACUAUUGCAUGCCAUGACUAAGCUAUUAAGCAAUGAGAAGGCAUCAAAGGUGCUCAAUUCCAAGAUCGUCAAUGCUCAAUUAGAGGUCAUUUUGGGUAGCAAAUGGAUUGAAAAAACAGAUAUACUUGAGUACGUCAACAUACUAAUUCUCUGCAUUAAGCAAAAAUCAAUCAAAUCCGAAAGAAUGGUUCAGUUAUUAUUGAACAACGAAAAGUAUUCAUCAAUUAUGAUUACAGACAAUGAUGAAAAUUCUUCAUAUAAGAAAUUUUUAAGCACAAUGAUAUUAUUCACUUUAUUCAACUUCAAUCCCGUCAUAAACUCUACGCCAACUGUUCAAGAAAAGCUACUGACUUUUUACUCUGGUACUAUUUCUAGCGAUGAUAAGCUAAUCAUAAAAAUGUUAGAGAUUAUCGAAUCUCAAACCUCUAACUCAUGGACAAACAUGAUUUUUUCGUGGGAAUUUAUCCAGGAGGAAGAAGAGGAAGAAGUCUUGGAAACUAUUGGGGACACAAGGUUGAUUACUAAAGAAAAAGAAGGUUUGAUAAUAACAUUGAGAAAGCGUUUGAUUGAGAAGUCUAUUGACGGAUACGUAUUAGAAAGACCACAAAUUCCUGAAUUUUGCAUAUCUUCUAAUAAAGACAGCUUUGAUAUUACUACUAGAUGGAACUUACUCAAGAAGUACUAUGAACAAACUGAGAGAUGUGGUACUGCUAUGUAUGAUCCAUUGUUGCUAUUGUUACUGGUGAUUCAUAAUAAAGAACUAGUAAAGAUGGUCAAAGAAGAAGAUGGCAGUUUAACAUACAAGUAUGAAUUUAAGAAAUUCCUAGAUUCGAAACUUUUCCAAUUCAUUAUUUGUUCACUAAGUGACGAUGAGGCUAUUACCAACAUAAGUUACGAACACUUGACGAAUUUAGCGGUUUCAUUAGAGAAGAAAAGUGUCCAAGCGAAUCCUGUCAAGAAAGUCACUGAUAAAGAUGACGAAGAGAAGGAAGAGGAUAACGGUUUGAUCAAAUAUAACAGCAUUUACCAAAUUUUGAUCAAGAGGAUUCUGUACCAUAGGCAACAAAACCAAGAUUCAAUCAGGCCAUUAAUUUGGUUUUCUAUCUCUAGAAUUGUUGAUUUACUGAAAAAUCCAACUUUACCAUUACACGAGAAGGCGUAUCGCUGGGUAUUAUCAAGUUCCACUAUACGUGGUUGGGAUAUCCCUAUGGUUUCCGAUGUGAUGAUGUCCUACAACAAGAGGCAACAAGACGACGAUAACAAGAAAGAGAUUGAUAUGGAAAUUUAUUAUGGGGAGCUGAGUUGGGUCUUGGCGACAAUUGGUAAGGGAAUCAAAACUGACGAAGAUUUCAAGAUGUUGGAUAAAAAAGGUGUAUUCGAAUGGUUAUUAAACUUAAUCAAUGUACCUUACUUGAAAGAGAGAUUACGCGAAUUGAUUUUUCUGGUUUUUUACAAGGUGCAAAGAGUAGCUGAUGAUGGCGGACUGAAUAUGAUUAGUAGAAACGGUAUUGUUUCAUUUUUGGAAAUUUUGAACAACAACAUCAAAUCUAAAUUACCAAAGGACAAUGUGCUGAACAGUGCUGAUGUCUUACAAAAUGAGAAUAAAAAUACAUUGAAUAAUACCUUUAAGUUGGUUCAAGAACAGAAUGGGAUUGAAAAAUUGUUGUUAGGUUAUAAUGAACUUGUCAAAUCACAGAAAAGAUUGAUAUUAUGGACGGAAGGUGAUAGCGACAAUGUUGUCAAAAGACUACGUAAAUGA